AUGUCACCUUUUCAGGCCGAAGAGGUUGCUACGAAUCCGGCGCCAUCCUCCACCUCCUCUCCUCGCCAGGAUGAGAAGCCCGAGCUCGAAGCCGAGAUCGAGCUUGGCCCUACCGAGAUCCGGGACAUUGUACGACUGAUACAAUGUCCCCGGUGCUCCCUUCCGCUCACGGAGCCCGUCACACUCCCGUGCGGGAAGAGCCUGUGCAAGCAGUGCCUACCCGUUCCUCAUUUGCGAGCUAACAUCUCGUAUCCAGCGACGGCGAGCAGACUGCAAGGUUUCGAGUGUCCCUUUCCCGAAUGCGCCAGGGAGCAUGCUCUCGGUGACUGCACGGUAGAUGUGACCCUACGGAUGGCCAUGACGGCGAUGAAAUCCGAGUUGGACAAGGCCAGGGCACUGGCGCUGGCUUCCGGACAGAAGACAUCGAUAGAGCAGAAGGAUCAAUGGGCCGUCGCUGGCAUAUCAUCACUCCAGGAGAAGGAAGCGGCGCCGAGACUGGUGGAGGGUGGGAAACUCGUAGCAACCUAUACGCUGGUCGAGCAAGGCGGACUCGAUUAUCACGCCGAAGUCACGUACACCGAACUGGCAGCGCCAGACUCGGACCAACUGGGCGCUGAUGCGCUCGUCCUACACCAGGUCAAGGCAUCAGUGCGACAGGAGAUGGACUGCCAGAUCUGCUAUGCUCUCUUUUACGACCCUAUCACGACACCCUGUGGGCAUACUUUCUGCAGGCAUUGUCUUCACCGCGUCCUCGACCACGCGGCCCACUGUCCGGUAUGUCGACGGACCUUGUCUGUGCAGCCUCUGCUGCACCGAGAAUCGUGCCACACGAACGAAAGAGUGUGGAAAACGAUCAACCAUUUUUGGUCGGAUGCGGUGGCGCUACGGAAGCAAGCCAUUGCCGCCGAGGGGCACAACGAAGUUUCGGGUUUCGAUAUCCCCGUCUUCGUCUGCACCCUAUCUUUCCCGUCCAUGCCGACCUUCUUGCACAUCUUCGAGCCCAGGUACCGAUUGAUGAUCCGCCGUGCACUGGAGGGCGACCGCACGUUCGGCAUGGUCUUGUAUCAAAGGCCACGGAGCUCCAGCGACCGCAACUUUACAGAGCUGGGUACUAUUCUCAGGAUCGUCAAUGUCGAGUUCUUCCCCGAUGGGCGGAGCUUGCUCGAGACCGUGGGCGUUUCUCGGUUCCGCAUCCUGCGGCACGGCACCGUCGACGGGUACAUGAUGGCGAAUAUAGAAAAGAUCAACGACAUCAGCAUCGCAGAGGAGGAAGAGCUGGAAGUCUCCGAGACGAGGCAGGCCAACGGCAGCGCCGGCGGCCACGGAGGACCUGCGGACACCGGCAGCCAGGACGGUGCUGGAAGCAACCUGGAACGGCCUCGCUCGCGCUCUUCUCUGGGCCCGCUGACCAAGCGCGACUUGGAAUCCAUGCCGACGCAGGCCCUGAUGGACUUUGCCUCUGACUAUGUCGGCCGCAUGCGCGAGCAGAGCGUCGAGUGGCUGACGGCGAGGAUGAUGGCCAUCUACGGCGAGUGCCCCGACGACCCGGCCAAGUUCCCCUGGUGGUUCGCGAGCAUCCUGCCCGUCAAGGACGAGGAGAAGUACAGGCUGCUCGAGACGUCGAGCGUCCGAGAGAGGCUCAAGAUCUGCUGCGGCUGGAUCCUGGAGUGGGAAGCGACGAGAUGGUGA